UCAAAUUUUGCAAUGGAGAAGGACUUUAAUGCAGAAAGGAAGAUAACAGUUACAUAUAGUAGGUUGAAAUUUACUGAAAACAAGACUUAGAAGUGACAAGGAACAGGUUCGAGAGGAACUGGUGAGCAUAAGACCAGAACAGCAAUUAUGACAGAGACAGGAAAAACCUUCCUGUAGGGCUGUGGAAAAUAAACGAAGGUGGUAAGGGGGUAAUGAAACUGAUUGGCUUUUAAAGGAAAGGUGGACGAAGGACAGGAGAACCAAAUUGGUGAAACUGGAAGAGGAGCUGAACAGAGGAGCCAAGGGAAAGUGAUCAAUAACCACAUAAAUGAAGAGGAAGGCAACUAAACAAUGGACACAAGGAUCUCACUAACCAAAAGCUAAAGACUAACACUGAAACAGGAAUCCAAGGCAAUACACGAAGAACACAACACAAGAACCAAGCAUCUCAACACAAAAUAAUAAACACUGUAUGGAACACCAUAAGUGACAAAAAUCAGCAACCAAAAAUAAUCCAAUAAUCCAAAUACAAAACCAAGUCACAAUCAAAAACACAAAGACCCAUCAUGAUGGGUCCUACAUGAAAAUAUAAUUAUCCCCUUGUUAUAUGGUGAAUUAACUAUAAUUACCUAUUUUAUUCCAUUUCAUUAUUCGCACACAUUGCAUACCAAUUACUGCAUGAUGUAUAAUAAGGAAAUCCCUGAAAUAGAAACUGUCUGACAACAUGAAGUAGGCUAAACUAUCUAAAUAAAGCAACACAUCCUGACCCGAUCUUAAAAAAAUUCCAAAACACAUUUUACACAGUCAUUGAUGUAUGUCAGUCAGGAAAGGGUUAAACCUUUCUCUAAGAGGGCAUCAUCAAUUUAUCCAGGUGGUCACAGUAGAACUAAGAACAACAUCCAAAGCACUGCAGGUCUGACUUGCCUCAUUUAAGGUCAGUGUUCAUGAAUCAGCAAAAAAUAUGGUUAUCCUGGGAGAGUGCGGGGGUAAAAACCACUGCUAACUAAAAAAGCAAAAGGCCCAGAACCUUUGAAAAACUAUUCUGUGGACUGACGAGACAAAAGUGAAACUUUUUUGAAUAUAUUUCCCAUCGUAUCUGGCAUAAAAUUACCACAGCAUUUCAGAGAAAACCUUAUAUAGACAAUCAAACAUGGUGGUGGUGUGAUGGUCUGUGGCAGGUUUGCUGCUUUGGGACCUGGGCAACAAUUAUUGUUGGAACAAUGAAUUCUUCUCUCUCGGGAAAUCCUGAAGGAUAAUGUUUAUGACUUAAACCUCAAGCACAUUUGGGUCAGGAUAUUUAUUCAAAGUAUUAGCAAGUCCUUCUCUGAAUGGCUAAAAAAAAGAAAGUUUUGGAGUGACCUGGUCAAAGUGUGUAUUUAAAUCAAAUUGAAAUUAUAUGGAGUGACCUUAAACCGACCUUUCAUACUUAAAAAUCUUUCACCUCCAAAGGAGAAUGGGUCAAAAUUCAUUCAGUCAUUGCCAGUUCUCACAAAUGUUAGGAGAAAGUCAGACCAUCAGUUUAUGACCUAGAUCAAAAUAGUUGCCACCAAUGGUGGCAGAGCCAGGAAUUGGUGGAAGAGUGGAAGUUACUUUUUACAGGUAGGGCUGGCUUGGUUUGCAUUGCUUUUUUCCUUAAGGAAACCAUUAUUUGAAAACUACAGUUUGCAUUUAGCCAGAUGAUCUUUGUCUGAGUUACAAUUUUCUUGAAGAUUGGAAAUACUUGACUGUGACAAAUUGGGAAUAACAAAAGAAAUCUGUAAGGGGCGCUAGAACUUUUUAACAGCAACAUGGUUGUACAAAGCAUAGUGUUUUUCUUUGUUAAUCCAUCCACCCAUCCAUUGGGUAUACCUGCUUAUCUGUGCAGGGUUGCAGAGCAGUUGGUGCCUUUCUCCAGCAAUCACUGGGCCAUAGGCGGGUUACACCCUGCCAGUACACCACAGGGCCUCUUUGCUAAGAAUUGUCCUUAAAGUGAUUGAAAAAAAUAAACAAAGAAACAGUCUCUGUUCUAAUAAAUAAAACAUUAAUGGGCCAGCAGAAUAAUUCGCAGUGAAAAUGUAUGUGUAUUAAUCAGGGGGCACCAGGGCCUCCUUUCACUGAAAGAGGCAGUCUGUGCCUUUUAUGUGAAGUGGGCCUGACUAUGAAACAUGAGUCGGGAUGAAAACUGUGCUCCGUAUCCGGCUACCAUUCCAAAUACGGCUUGUUAAAGAGGGAGAUAAGGUGCAGGAUGGAUCCCGUCCCGCUGCUGCUCGUCUUACUCACAUCUUGGCCCCUGUCCUCGGCGAUCUACGACGGGCCCCUCCAGCCGGAGAUCUCCAACGGCACUUUCCACCACUUCUUUGUCCCGGACGGGGAUUAUGAGGAGACGGUGGACCCGGAGCAGUGCCAGAUGCUGUUUAAAUUCUCCGACGUGGUUUCGUGCGCGGCUGCGGAGGAGAGCGAUGCCGCGGUGCGCGACGACUUUAUCAUCACCAAGCUGCAGGCGGAGGACGCGGCGCGGAUGCUGGAGGGGAUCGGCCGCGCCGUGGCGCACGACCUGGAAGGAGAGGAAAGCUACGGGAAGUUCCUCCAGAAGGAGAUCUCCCAAAUCGGCGAGGCCUUCUCCAGCGUAGACAAGUCGCUGGUGGAGCUGGAGGUGAAGUUUAAGCAAAGUCAGGAGACCGAGCUGAGAGAGGAAGAGCAGCUGAACGGCUACGUGAUGAAGCAAGUGAGCGACAUCAGAGGCGCCCUGAGGGAAACCACCGACAUCUCUCAGGGACUCAGAGACAGACAUGAGCUGCUGUCUCUCAUCAUCCGCAGCCAUAGCACCAGACUGAGCCGCCUAAAGACUGAGUUCCUCAAUGUUGGCUUAUAGUCGGGUUAUGAAUGUGUUUGUGAGUGAGUGAGUAAUAUAAAAGACCCUCCCGUUCAUCAAACAACUGGAAUGUUUAUUGUGGUUUAUGAAUAUGCCUCUGAAGUAUUCUACCCUGACCUUUUGGUUGUUCCCGUUCCUCGGAGCUAUGCAGGCAGCUGAAACAAAAAUAUCAACACAUUCCUGUGAGUCAGGAGGGAAAAAAGCAACGGGAGAAUAAAUUAUGCCUGUGCCACCGCUGAAGGGGGGUUUAUUCAGUCAGUGUGAUUAUAUGUAGUGUUCUCAGAUCAGCAUAAAAAAAUAUCAGUCCGUAUUAUUUGGACAUUGUUGAUAGCUCAUUGAAUAAAUAGCUAUUUCAUAACACUCAAGUUCCCCUUUUCUUGCAGUCAAGUUGAAGAGCCGGCCAGAGGCAAAGGAAAUUAUGUCUGGUUGAUGAGCCUCCAGUGAACUGAGGGCCCCAAGAAUACUUAAUUUACACAGGACUGGUUUACAAAUGCAUCAGCAGUAUAGGGGUCUCUCAAUAAAUGAGAAUGUUAUCAAAAACUUCAUUUAUUUCAGUACGUCAAAAGGUGUAACUCACAUAGAGUCAUUUAUUUUUGUUAAAGCUGAUAGUAAGGUAUAGUAAGAUAGUAAGGUUCACAGAAAAAUAAAAUUCUGUUUGUCUGAAAAUUUGAAUAUAACAACUGAAAAAAAAAAUAUUUUUAACACAGAAAUGUCAGUGUUCUGAAAUUCAUAUCCAUAUACAGUAUACAGGCUCAAUGCUUGGUCAGGGCUCCCUUUGCAGCAAAUACUGCAUCAGUGGGGUGGUGUGGAGGUGAUCCAUCUGUGGUUCUGCUGAGGUGUAAUGGAAGCCCAAGUUCCUUUGAUAUCAGCCUUUUGUGGCCUUUGGUGUCUCUCAUCUUUCAUUUAACAAUUCUUUAUAGAUUCUGUAUGGGGUUGAUGUAUGGCCAGUUUGCUGGAAAAUCAGGCACUGUGAUACCAUGGUCAUUAUAGCAGGCAUUGGUUCUUUUGGUGGUGUGCUUAGGAGCCAAAAUGAAAUCAGAAUUUCCAUAUUACUUGUCCUUUGGGGAAACAUGAAGUCCUGCACUGAUUUUGGACUUGAGUCCAAACCGUCAUCAGCCCACAGAAUUUAUCCAUCCGCCUGGAUGAAUGACAUCUGUCCCCAAAUCAUCAUUGAAUAUGGAAACUUCACAAAGGACCUCAAGCAAAUUGGAUUCUGUGCCUGUCCAUCACCCUUCAUACUCUGGGACCUUGAUGUCUAAAUGAAAUGAAAAAAAUAUUUUUAUUUGAAAAGAGGGCUUUGGACCACUGACCAACAUCCCAGUGCUUUUUCUCCCUACACUGGUUAAAACACAUCUGACGUUGUUAAGGAGUGGCUAAACACAAGGACUGUUGUAACACAUAUCCUGCAUACAGCUGUGUGGUGGCAAUUCAAGCUCUGACGCCAGCUGCACUCCACACCUUGUGACUCUCACUUGAAGUCUUGCAUGAGCUUUGCUCAAGGCUGAAGCUCUCACUUUAGCUUGUGCACAUUUUUCCAUUACUUUCUAGCUUCUCUCGGGGUGUACCCUUCUUGUGAAGGGUGUCAAUGACUGUCUGCUGAACAGCUGUUUAGUCAGGAGUCUUCCCCAUGAUUGUGUAAGCCAUAACAACAUUCAUGCAACAAAAGUCCUUUCUAUUGAUCUCAUGUAAAACUCUAAUUUUCUGAGAAACAGAAUUUUGGGUAUUCAUGAGCUAUAAGCCAUUAUCAUCAAAAUUAACAAGAAUAAAUGCUUAAAGGAUAUCACUCUGUGUGUAAAAAAUCCAUCUGUAAAGGUGUUCACUUUUCAAAUGAAAUUAUGAAAAAGAAAUGCUUUUUUCAGUGAUAUUCGUAUUUGUUUGGUUGCACCUGUAAUAAAGAAAACCAUCAUAAUUUGAGAACUAA